CGCCAUGUUUCCUCUCCAUGAAUCCUCCCUGAUAGGCAGGUGGCACCAAUGUAGUCACCAAGGUCCCAUGUAAACACAGAGUAAAUCUUCUCAGGCUGCUAUGGAAAGUGCGGAGCCCCCUCCAGUUUCUGUCACACCUUAGACUACGACACGGGUGACAUCAGGCUCUGGGCGGGAGAAUUACCUGAGAAGGACCUGGCCCGGCCUCCUGGUCAGCACUGUCCCUCCUCCCUCAGUGCUCCUCGUCCUCCUCCCCCAGACACUACACCUUUCCUCCCCUCUCACAUAGGGCUCCAUUUGCCUCUGUGCCCGGCUCCUCACUGCACCUGUACCUGGAGCUCUGGACUCUCCCUGCUGGGACUUUCCGGAGAGUAGAGAAUGAAGCGGACCCCGGCUGGAGGAGGCAUCUGCCUGGUGUUAUUACUGCUGGUCAUUGUUGGUUUUGGACAUGGUCUCCAUUUAGAGAUAGGGAAGAGAAGCAGAAAACCGGGUAAUAGAGCUGUGGAGCUAGUGAGGCAUAAACGAGAAUGGAUCAUCCCACCAAUCCCAGUUUAUGAAGAGCAGGACAAUUCUUUUAAAAAUCCUAUUGCAAAGAUACAAUCUGAUGUUAAGGUGGACAAAAGUCGUAGAAUUCGCUAUAAAAUCGUUGGACCAGGAGUUACAGAACCUCCGAUGGGUAUUUUUAUUAUAAAUGAAAAUACUGGCGAUCUGAACAUAACCGGAAUUGUGGACCGAGAAGAAAUCUCAGUGUUUGUUUUAAAAGGCUAUGCCCUGGACCAAAACAAUGUGGAUGUAGAGCCGCCAAUAGACAUCAGAGUGAAAGUUAUUGACAUCAAUGAUAAUGAUCCAGUUUUUACACACGAUAUCUUUUUUACAUCAGUGGAAGAGUUGAGCGCUUCAAACAGCCUUGUUAUGGUCCUAAAUGCAACUGACGCAGAUGAACAAGAUACCAUAAAUUCUAAACUUGCCUUCAGAAUUCUGUCUCAGGAACCAGGGUCAUCCGAAUUUGUGGUGUAUAAGAAUGGGGAAAUUCGUACAACUGUGGCUACACUUGAUAGAGAGCAACAAAGCAGCUACACCAUGGUGGUGGAAGUGAGAGAUCGAGAUGGAGAUCUAAAUCAAGGCAGAGCCCAAACAGCUACUGUUAAAAUUAAAAUAAAGGAUGUGAAUGACCACAUUCCAGUGCUGGAAAAGGAACAGUAUGAAGGAGAUGUUGAAGAAAACGUUGCCAAUGUUGAAAUAUUACGUAUGAAGGUGUUUGAUAAUGAUGAAGAAUUCACCGAUAACUGGCUUGCUAAUUUUACAAUAGUGUCAGGCAAUGAAGGCAACUUUUUUGAAAUUGUAACGGAUACUCAAACCAAUGAAGGAGUUCUCAUGCUGGUGAAGGAAGCAGAUUAUGAAUUCAUGCAGUCUGCUGAACUAAGUGUUGUUGUUUCAAACCGAGCCGAAUAUCACAGCUCCAUUAAGUAUCAGAUGAGCGGUGGAGGAGGGGCAGGAGGAGCAAUGGGAGGAGGUGGUGGAGGAGGAGGAGGAGGAGGUGGUGGUGGCGGAAAAGCUAUCCCCAUAAAAGUGAAGGUGAAGAAUGUGCGAGAGGGUCCUGUGUUCAAGCCUAGGAAGAAGAUUCUUACUGUUCCUGAAGGAAAAACUGUAAUAAAUAAAAUCAUUGGAUCCUAUAAAGCCUAUGACGCAGACACGGGGAAAGUUGCUGAUAAAGUCAAGUAUGCAAAAGAAUUUGAUCCGGAUAACUGGUUCAUGAUUGAUUCAACUACAGCUGAAAUUAAACUUAUUAAAGUUCCUGAUCGGGAAUCCAUAUAUGUAGUCAAUGGAACUUAUAUAGCCAAAGUCUUGGCUAUUAGUGAAGAUAUUCCAGGAAAAACUGCUACUGGAACUAUAGCUAUAGAGGUGGAAGAUGAGAAUGAUAACUGUCCCCUUUUAGUGAAUCCAAUGCAGACAGUCUGUAGUAAUGCACCGUUUAUUAACUUGACAGCCGUGGAUACGGAUGGAUUUCCCAAUGGUGCUCCACUAAAAUUUAUGGUUGCGGAUGAACCUCCUGGGAAUGCCAAGAUGUGGUCUAUUGGACAAACUGAUGCCUCUAGUGCCCAACUGAUUCCAAAAGAGCUUUGGGAGGGUUCACAUCAAGUAAAAGUUGUGAUAACUGACAACCAAGGAUUAAGUUGUCCAGAAAAACAAGUAUUGAAACUGACCGUUUGCACCUGUAAUGAUGCUGGUUAUGCCUGUAGUGAGAGGAUGACUAGCAAUUCUGCAGCCCUGGGAGGUGGGGCGAUUGCUCUUAUGAUACUUGCCUGUCUGCUAUUACUAUUGGUGCCACUCUUGUUGCUUUUAUGUUCCUGUGGCUCAGGAUCAAAGGGAUUUUUGGCUGUCGAUGGCCCCGAGCAGUCCAUGCUCAUACACAACAAAGAAGGUCCGGAACCUGUGGAUACAUUAGCUCUUCCAUCUGUCAUUGGAGCAGUUGGUUCUGCAGGACUUGCUGCUGGUGCUGGUGCCGGUGCUGGCAUGAGAGAUGGCUUUGGUAUGCAGUCUAUGGAAGGUUAUGGUUACUCCAAGGAUAUGUACCAUUCCAGUUUGGUAAUGGAUAGACAAUAUGACGAACACCAGCUUUUUAUGAGUGGAGGAGAAAUGGCUGCUGGAGCUGGAGGUAUGAGAAUGAUGAGCGCUGAAGCAGGAGCAGGAUUUGGACAAGCUUACGGUAUCGCUGGUGGUGCCGGGAGUGUGGCAGCUCUGAAUGAAGAAUUUAUCAAAGGAUAUUUUUAUGAUAAAGUCAUCGGAUAUGCUGACGAAGACCUGGCCCAGGCUUCAAAGGACUGCAUUCUUAUUUAUUCCCAGGAAGGUACAGGCUCCAUCGCUGGCUCAGUUGGCUGCUGCAGUAUGAUUGAAAGUGAAUUUGAAGAGGACUACCUGGAGGACUUAGGACUGAAGUUUAAGGCCCUAGCAGAUAUUUGUCAAGGUGUAAAUGUUGAGAUUUCACAGUACAAAUCCUAUGAGGAGCUUAACCAAGGUGCCUUAGAGUCUGAAGCCAUCGCAGAUAUCAGUGUGGUCCAGAAUGAAAACACUGUAGAAGAACAUUACCAGGAAACGGAUCAUUUCCAAAAGUCAUCGGAAACCCAGGUUCAGAGGGAGAAUGUGGUGGCUGAGGAGUCUUAUAUGUCUUCUAGAUAUGUACAACCACCGGUUAUGAGAGGUAAUAUGCUUGUGACUGAAAAAUCAUACACCACUGCUCCUGGAAUACUUCUUGAGCCAGUACGUCAACAGAAUCUAUUGGUGACAGAGAGGAUUAUUCAUCCUGCCAGGAGUUUUCAUAACAUUGUUGAGGUGUCUGAGGGAGGGUUUUCUGGCUUCAAGAGUGAGCCUCAAGAUUCCCAAUAUAUGCUGGUAACAGAGCGGCUUAUGGCCCCAGGCUCUAAUCUGAAGUCAUCCUUGAGCAUUCCUGAUCUGUCCAUGCGGCAGAAUGUAGUAGUGACCGAGAGGCAUUACACUCCUAUAACAGCAAUGAAUGGGAGCACAGUGAUUCCAGUAGAAGUGGCAGGGUCACAAAACCUAGUCAAAGAAAGUGUUUCCAUCUUAGAUGGUGGUGUACAGGGACAAACGCACUUCAAACAGGGAGGUUAUUUGGUGGAAGAUCUACACCCAGCAAGUAAUAAUGUAGAGAAGUCAACAAGCAGGGUGACAAAAUUCAGCACUGUACAGUAUACACGUUCCUAAAGGGAAAUAUUAAUAAUUUUGUUUUAGGUUAACAUUGUUUUUUACAGCGCUUUCACAUUAGUUAAACCAUUCAAAGACAUACAAAAUUACAGUUUCCCCCCACCUCUUAGACAGCUAUGGAUGCAUAUUAAAUUUAAUGCAGAAAAACAUGCGCACACACAAGUUAGAUAAUUUCAGUUUUUUUCCAUUCAUUUUUUUGUCUUUAUCAAUAUGUUUUGCCAUGCCCUGAUUGGUUGGGUUUUUCUUGGUGUGAUGCACUUUAAACCAAUCAGAUGGCAACCUUGCUGCUCCUCUCCUCAUAUCAUGAAUCCUGCACAAUAGGAGACAGAGAGACUGCAGCUGCAUUUACCCUCCUGUUUGCCCUCUAUUCCGUCACAGAAUUAUUAUAUCCAGUCAAAUCAAUGUUAUUAGAUUUUCUAUUGCAACACAAUAGGCCUAUGUUUGAGGAUGUGUGUGCACAUGUUCAGGGUUUUUAAUUGCAAUAAUUGAAUACAGAGCCAGAAAUAGAGUAAGGCCCCUUUUACACUAUAAAAACCUUUCCAUUAUUAACGACCGUUAGGAAA